AUGGACGGGACGAGGACCCCAGGGAGAUCGGUCUAUAGGGACAUUGAUGGGUUCAGGUAUACGGUGGAUUAUAGCUACGAGCUCGAGGGCCUUACCGAGUCCACGGAUUCCCCUGCCAACGCCGAACACCAACCGACAAUCUGGGUAGACUUUUCCCCUUCCUCCCCCUCUGACCCGCUGCACUUCCCCGCAUUCAAGAAAUACCUCAUAACGACAAUCGCCUGCGCUUUCACCUUCUGGACCUCCCUCAACGCUUCGUCGUACGCCAUUGGGGAAGGGUCUAUGGAAAGAGACUUGGGGGCGAGUAGGGUGGCGGCGGCGAGCGGGUUGAGUUUGUAUGCCUGGGGGUUCGCGGUCUUCCCCAUGGUAUUGGCGCCGUUCUCUGAAGAGCUGGGAAGGAGACCGUUGUACGUCGUGGCAGGGGUUCUGUAUUGGGUUUUCUAUUUCGCCGUCGCCAAAGCCAACUCGAUCGCCGUCGUCCUCGUUUUCCGUUUCCUACAAGGCGGCGCGGGUUCAGUAGGCUCCACGCUCGUCGGUGGUACCUUGGCCGACAUUUGGCCCGCCUCGGAAAGGGGUGGCAAGAUGGCCGUCUUUGCCCUGAUGGCUGUGAGCGGAACCGCGUUCGCCCCCGUCAUCUUCAGUUGGGUGGAAGCGAACCCUUCGCUAGAAUGGAGGUGGAUCCAAUGGAUCCAGAUCAUACUCGUUGGGGUUUACUUGCCUAGUAUACCGUUGUUCAUGCCGGAGACGCGAGCCGCGGUUUUGUUGAAGAAACAAGCGGAGAAGAUGAGAAAGAAGAAGCGGGAAGAACAAGAGGGAGGUGGUAAGGCUGGAGAGAAAGGCGUGGUUGGCGUGGUAGGAGGGUGGGACCAGGGGAUGAAAUACCUCGCAAGAGGGGAAGUGGGGAAACCGAAGUUGACCGAGUUGAUCAGGGUCAGCUUGGUUAGACCGAUACACCUCCUGGCAACGGAACCUAUCGUCAUCUUCUUCACCCUCUGGAUCUCGAUCGCAUGGGCCGUGAUGUACGGCCUUGUCCAAUCGAUCCCGUACGUAUUUCGUGAAGUGUACGGGUUCGGCACCGGUAGGGUUGGGUUGGUCUACUUGGCCUUGACGAUCGGAGGGUUCAUAGGUUACGCUCUGAACUUUGUGCAGGAACAUUAUUACAAUACGAGGGUGGGAAAGAAGGGCGCCGAGGCGAGGUUGUACGGUGCCAUGGUCGCGGGGAUCGCCCUGGCCUGUGGCUGUUUCAUCUACGCGUGGACGACCUUCUCGCACAUCACAUACGUAGCACCAUGCAUCGGGAUCGUCGUCAUCAUGGCCGGCGUGUACACAAUCUACUUGGCCUGCUUCAACUACCUCGCCGACGGAUACUCUCUGUACGCCUCGAGCGCUUUGGCCGGCCAAUCCCUCGUGAGGAACCUCGUCGGGGGAAGUUUCCCCAUGUUCGCCAACCCGAUGUACGAGAACCUGAACCCAAACUGGGCGUCCACGCUCUUUGGGUUGAUCGCGGCGCUGCUAGCGGCAGUACCGUUCGUCGGGUUCUUCUAUGGACCGCAGAUUCGGGCGAAGAGCAAGUUUUCAAAGUUGUUAUUAGAAGAGGAACAAAAGGCCGCACAGGAAAAGGAAGGGCAGGAUGAUAUGGCCGACCCGGCAUGA